AUGGAAGUAGCAAUAGAAGGGGGAUCCUUUGAAAAGCUACAAUUUAAAAAAUGUGAAGAUAACUAUAUUUUAGAUCAACAUUUAAGGACUUGUUUUAGUUAUUUAUUAUUAUAUAUUAUAAAGGAAUAUAAUUAUUUAUACAAAAUAAAAUAUAAUAUUAUACAAAAUAGUUUGAAAACAUGCACCAGUCAAUCCAAAUAUUCCAACUUAUAUAAUCAUAAGACAUUGCCAUAUUCUCAGAAAUGGGAUGAUAAUAUAAUUUAUGAUAUUAUAAGUAAUUCCAAUUAUUUUUGUAAUAACUUCGAAUUAUUUAAUGAGCAAAAUUAUUUCACUGAAAAUAUUCAUAGCACAAAUUAUACAAAAAUAAAAUGUUUAUCAAGUUCAACAAAUUUAAAAGAACAAAAUAAAUAUGAAGAAAUACCAUCAUAUAUAUUAUAUGAUAGAGCAGUAAUAGGAGGGGGCCUAACAGUAAACCAUAAUUUAAAAAAUGAAUUUCCCCAAAUUUGGGAUGGAAUCAAACCAUUCUUAUCACCAAAUGAAUAUCACAAUAAUAAAAAAAAGGACACAACAAUAGUAAGUUUCAAUAUAAGCAAAGAAAACCAAUUACUUACCACAAAAAAUUUCGAACAUAUUCAAAAUUCGAAAAGCAUUUUCAUUGAUAAUAACAAACAAGCGAACAAAAUGGCCACUAUUAUGCACAAUAGCAGCCAUAGCUAUGUUUGCAAAAAUGAUCUUGACACAUUUGAUAAAGCCAUAUAUGAACAGCCUCCGAAAAAUUUACAAUGGAAUCAUAAUGAAAUAUUAAACUAUAGAAUUGUAAAAGAUGGAGACUCUGUCUCUGAAUAUAAAACUUUUAACAAUAUCGAUAAUAUCAAUCGAUUUAGUAAAAGUUGUGAAUAUCGAGACAAUAGUAAUCGAAAUAAUGAUGGUGGCCAAGAUAGCAGUGAGAAAAAUGAAAGCGAGGGAGAUAAAGAAAAGGAAAUAAAUAAUAAUGAGAACUCAAAUAAUUCUGAACAAAAUAAUAGUAAUAACAAUCAAGGUCAAAAUAAUAAUCAAAAUUACGGAGGAGGAGGAGGAGAACAAAAUGGUGAAAACGGUGAAGAUGAAGAAAAUAAUAAUAAUAAUGGGGAAGAUGAUAAAGAUAAAAAUGACGAAGAUGAAGAAGGGGAAAAUGUUAAGAAAGAAAUUAGUGAAAAGGAAAAAUAUAAAUUUUUUUAUAAAAAAAUAAAAGAAAUACAAUCGAAUAUUUUUGUAAAAAGAUGUAAAAAUGUUGAAAAAUACUUUAAAAAAAAAAUAUUUAAUUAUAUAAAUAAGAAUAAUAUAAUAUGCAACAUGAAUAUAGAUACAAUAUUCAUUUAUUUAAAAAAUGUAUAUUAUUUAAUUCUUAAUAAUAAACAAUUAGUAUUUUUUUUUAUAUAUAAUACUAAUGAUGUUAUGAAUGCUAUCAUUAAUACAGAAAAGUGUAACGAAAUAAGUUAUAGUGAAAAAGAUUUUUUUUUAUAUUUCUUAUCAAAUGAAAAGGAAAUAUAUAAAAAAAUAUUUGAUGAAAUCAAUUUAAAAUAUGAUAAAAAUGAACUUAUAUUAAAAUUAAAAAAAUUAAAAAAAAGAUUAAAUGAUUUAAAACAUACAGAAGAAACUAAUUUAUUUGAAGAAAGUAUGAAACAACUUGGGUUGUUUAAAGAUGUUUCAAAAUGUGUUAAUAGUAGUAGUAGUCCUAAUUGUCAAAGUAAUGUUUCAAAUGAAGAUAUAUGUAAACUUUUUAAUUAUACAAAUAAAAGAUUUUUAAAAAAUUAUAAGGCAGUAUCUCAUAAACUGUCCUUAAAAAAUUUGUUACCAAAAUUAUAUAAUUGUAAAGAUUUAAAAGAAACGAAUAAUUUAAUAUGUAACGUUGGAAAGAAUGUUAAAAAUGUUACAAAAGGUGGUGUUGGAUUGGAUGGAAAAAAGAAAAAGAAAAAUAAAAAAAAUAAAGAAGCAAAUAUGAAAAAAAAUAAUAUGAAUAAUUCGAUGAUUAAUAUGAAUCCAUAUUUCAAUAAUUUUGCUAAAGGCACAAAUAUGAAUCCCUUUAUGAACAAUAAUAUAGGUAAUCCACAAAUAAAUAAUUCAUUUAAUUAUUUUAGAGGCUUUCCAAAUCCUCAAAAUAAUGGGUUUCCAAAUGAUAAUAACUUCCCAAGAUUUUAUAACAAUAUGCAAUAUGCACAACAUAUGCAAAAUAAUCCCAAUUUUAAAGAUAACAAUUUAAAUGAUAAAGAUGAUAAUAAAAAUAAUGAAACAGAUGAAAAAGGUGAUGAAAAUGAAGUAAAGAAAAAAACGAUAAGAGGUAUAACUUCUUUUACAUUAUUUGCUAGAGAAAAACGGAAAGAAUUGUUAAAUCAAAAAGUAUUUUUAGGUAGCUCUUUAACUGAACAAACAUCUGCUGUUGCUAAAAUUUGGAAUAGUUUAAGUGAUGAAAAAAAGAAAGAAUGGGCUGUUAAAGCUUCAAAAAUAAAUGAAGAAAAUUUCUUAUUACAAAAAAAAAAGAAAAAAAGAAAAUUUACUGCCUUUAGUAUAUUUGCUAGAGAAAAAAGAAAAGAAUAUAAAGAAAAAAAUAUUGAUAUGGGUUUAACAUUAGCUCAACAAAAUUCUUAUGUAUCAAAAUUAUGGAAACAAUUAUCUACUGAAGAAAAAAAUAGAUAUAAAUAUUUGUCAAAUACUGUCAAUGCAGCUGUAGCAAAAAAUAAUAAAAAUCAAGUAAACUAUAUUAAUGGUCAAAAAGUUAGUGGAUUUAAAGGAAGAAUUAAAGCUUUAGAUAAUAUGAUGAGUCAACAUUUUUCAAACAACAACAAUCUCAUGUAUAACGAUAUGAAUAAUAUGUCAAACUUUAACAAUAACAACAAUAAUAAUAACAAAAUGAUGUUUAAUCAAAACCAAGUAAUGAUGGGAAAUGAAGCUAGUUCAUAUAAUAUGAAUUAUAUGGCUAAUAUGCAAAAUAUUCCUCAAAGUGAUAAUAAUAUGAAUUAUUUUAAUUAUAUGGAAAAUAUGAAUAAAAAUAUGCCAAUGGGUUACAUGAACAAUGAUAUGAAUAUGAUGCCUGAUAAUGGUGAUGAUAAAGGUAAAAAAAAUUCCUUAAAAAAAAAUAAGAAAAAAAAAAAUGAAAAUUUUAAUGAUCCAAAUCAAUUAAUGAAUAAUCCUAACUAUAUGCUAAAAAAUCCUAAUUCAUUUAAUCAACAAAAUUACAAUUCUUUACCAUAUCAUAAUGAUGGUUUAAAUAAUACUAACAGUUAUUACCCCUUACCUUUUCCUAAUGAUAAUAAUAAUGAAAUUAAUAAUAACACAAUAAAUAAUAAUUCUGAAAUGUACAGAAAUAUUGUUAUUAAUAACAAUACUCAGAAUAUGAUGACAGAAAAUAAUCAAAAUGUUAUGUUAAAUAAUAUGUAUGAUCAAAAUCAAAUAUCUAUGAAUCCAAAUAAUAUAGUAAAUGCAACUACACAAAUGAAUACCAUGAAAAAUAAUAUGGCUAUCAAUCCUGAUGUGCCUAUAAUAAAUAAUGCAAAAGGAGAACACAACAUGCCGAUAAACCAAAUAGAUAAUAACAAAUUGAUGCAAACGCAUCCUAAUGUUUACAUAAACAACGGGCUUAAUAAUACUAAUGUAAAUGAAAAUUCGGGAAUGCCAAAUAAAAUAAAUUUCCCAGGACAUGAACAUGGUGAUUUUGGAUUUAAUAAAUUUCAAAACGAACCAAAUGAAAUGUACGAAGGUGAUAAUGCAAAUAUUGGUGGACCACCAGGUAGUCAAACUAAUAUGCUUAUGCAUAAUUAUCAAGUAAUGAAUGGUAACAACCCUCAAAAUGGAGCAAACAUAGAUGAUAUUUUAAAAAAAAAAAUGAUGAAAGAUGAGAAAAAAAAAUUAAAGGAAGAAAAAAUGAUGUUAAAAGAAUAUGACAAAAGAAGGAAACAAAUGUUAAAAGCAGAAAAAUUAAUGGAAAAAAAUAAAAAUAAACCAAUGGUUAAUGGUGAAAAUAAUGGAAUGCCUAUUGAUUCAAAUUCAGGAUAUUAUGAUCCUGCAAAUAUAAUGAAUAAUAAUAAUGGCAAUAUGGCUAUGUACAUGAAUAUGAACAAUUAUGAUGUUUCAAACCCAUUAAUAAAUAAUCCAAUGAUUAAUAAUUAUAAUUUUUAUGGUAACCUCGAUAAGCAAAAUAUAAAUGUUGUAAAUAAUACAUCAACUACUAUAAGCCCUAGAAACAAUACUAAUAAUACAACUAACAGUGGUGUUAUUUCUGCCCCUACUGAUGAAGUAAAUAAUGAUGAAUUUUCAAAUUAUACUUAUGCUAAUAAAUUUAUGACUGAUUCAAGUGGAGUAGUCAGAAAUAAUAAUUCUAUACCCAAUGAUAGUAAUAUACAAAUUUCUGAUGAUAUUAAAAAAUAUGACCAUGUAAUAAAUAAUGGUAUUCAUGAUAAUACAAAAUUAGGGAAUCAUAUCACUGAUCAUCAACAUAUACCAAAUGAACAAAUCCAAAAAGCGGGAAUUAAUUCGUCUGUAAUUAAUCCUAACAUGCCUGAUAAUCUAAACCAUUCAACUUAUUUAAAUUCAAAUAAAGAUUAUUUUAACAAUACUAGCUAUUUUAAUAAUGUAAUGCCAAAUGAUCAAGUAAUGUACCAACACACAAAUGGGUCACCAAAUGUUGUAAACAAUGGAGUACCAAUUAAAUAUUUAAUGGAAAAUGGAGGGAAUCCAAAUAAAAUAUAUGGAUAUAACAACAACAAUUAUCUUAAUAAUAUGAAUCAAAAUGAAAGAACACCAAAUGGAAUAUCAGGUGGAUCACCUAAUAAUGCUGGUGUUAUUAUAAAAAAUGAUGACUAUUUUAAUACUAUGGCAAGAGAAAAAGAUAAUAAUAAUGAUAUAAAAGUUGAUCAAAAUUUUAAUAAUACUAAUUAUUAUCAACCAAAUUCUACAAAUACAUAUAUAAAUCCAAAUACUAACAGAAAUGGAAAUAAUGUAAUAGUAGGUUCUGUUAAUAUGAAUAAUAAUAAUAAUAAAAUGGCUCAUGGCCCAUCUUCUUUUUCAAAUGAUCAUGUAAAAAAUCAUAAUAAAAUAAAUAAUUCUAUUUCAUAUGAAGUAGAUGAUCCAAAUCAAGGUUAUGCCAAUAUGAAUAAUCCUCCUGUACAUUUACAUGCAUCUAAACAACAUAACCAAUCACAAUAUAUAAAUUUAAAUGAAACAAUAAACAAUGAUAUUAAUAUGGGAAUGAAUAUGGAAUAUAACAAUAGAAUGAAUUAUAUAAACAUAAAUAAUGACAAUAAUAAUAAUAAUAAAAAUAACAACCCAGCAUAUUUUUAUCCCCAUAAUAGAAAUACCAAUAUUCCUAAUGGAGAGAAUAUGAUGUAUUUCCCUGAACAUGUUGUUCCAGAAAAUAAAAUGCCAGGAAACCUUGUCUAUUUUGACACGGAUAUGAAUAGAGUACCUGGAGCAAUGGAGGAUAUUGAAAUUAGUGGCCAUAAAGGGAAACAAUUUUUUAAUAACGCAUCUCAUUUUUUAGAGUUAGUUGAUAAAAAAAGAAUAAAACGGAAAAAAAAAAAAUCAUCUGUGAAUAAUGUAAAUGGAGACAAUGAUACAAUAUGGGAUUUAGUUUUGAAAAAUAAAUCAAAAAGAGAACGUCGAAAAAAUAAAAAAUCAAAUGAACUUACAAUAGAUAAUACAUUAGAAGAUAUAAUUAAUUCAGAUCAAAACCCCAAUGAUGAUUUAAAUUUACUCUGUCUAAAUAAUAAUGGAUAUUAUUUAAACACUGAUCAGGAUAAACAAAUGGAAGAAAACAAUGACAUAAAUGGAUUGACUAAUAAAGAAAGGGAUGAUGAAGAUGCUGAUAAAGGAAAUAAUGAAAAUGAAGAUGAUAUCCUUAGUUUAUUAAACAUAUGUAUGCCAAAUUAUUCUACAAAAUUAAAUAUAAAUGAACGCGGUGAAGUUACUUAUGAUGAUAAGCGUACAUAUAAUUCUAAUACAAUAAUGAAUGAUAAUGAUAAUGAUUUUAAUUUUUUGAUGAAAACGAAAAAUAAAGUUAAUGAAAAUUUAAAUAAAUGCCAAAUUGAGAAAUAUAAUAAUGCAUAUAAAAAAGCUAAAUUAUGUAAAUGGUCAGAACAACAAACUAAUAAAUUUUAUGAAGUUAUUGAAAUGUUUGGUGUUGAUUUAAUGAUGGUUAGGGCAUUAUUACCAUCUUUUACAGAUAAACAAAUUCGAGAUAAAUAUAAAAAAGAAAAAAAAAAUAAUCCCUAUAGAAUAGAUCAAGCAUUAAAAAAAAAUAAAGAAAUCGAUUUGGAAGCAUAUGAAAAUGAACAUGGAAAAAUUGAUCAUUCGACACAUCAUAAUUAUUAUGACUCAGCUAGCGAUUUAGAUAACUCUUCUCCGAAAAAAAAUAAUAAAGACGUGGAUGAUUCAGAAAUCAACAUCUUAAGCAUUUUUGAUAACAAAGAUGAUGAUUACAAUAAUAAUGCCAAAGAUCAAGGAGAAGAUAAGGGCAUCACAGAUUUUAAUAUACUGACUUUAUUUUAA